CUCAAGUUAACGUCCGGUCUUUUUUUUCCCCCUAAUAAUUUGCUGAAUCUCCAGCGUGUGGUUCAAAGUUUGGAGAAGCUGCAGCUAAAAAAUGUUGUCUCCGAGUUUCAGGGACUGCAAGGCAUGGAGGGCAGAGGGUCUUCCACUGACCACCAGCAGCAAUGAGGCUUGCAAACUAUAUGACGCCAUCCUCACUCAGUAUGUGAAAUGGCGAAAUGAUGAAACCUUGGGAGGAUUUGAAGGAUGCAUUUCUGCUGUCCAGGCAGCUGACCCCAACUUUGUUAUGGGCCAUGUGAUCAGUACGGGGCUUGAGCUGGUGGCAACCACGAGCUCCACUCGCCUGAAUGAGCGUCUGGCCAGCGCUGUGAGGCGAACAGUGGAGCUGGCCAACAGCCAGGACAUCGCUCCCAGAGAGAGGCUCCAUGUCAAGGCUAUAGAGCUCUUCUCACAUGGGAAUUUUCCCAAGGCCUGCGAUGCAUGGGAAGACAUUCUGGUCGAUCACCCCACUGAUAUGCUGGCUCUCAAGUUUGCCCAUGAUGCUUACUUCUACAUGGGAGCCCAAAUCCAGAUGAGGGACUCUGUGGCCAGGGUGCUGCCCCACUGGAAACCACAUAUGCCUUUGUCUAGCUAUCUGAAAGGACUGUAUUCCUUUGGUCUCCUGGAGACUCGCUUCUAUGACCAGGCUGAGAAAGUAGCCAUGGAGGGCCUCGCUCUGACUCCAGAUGAUGCUUGGGCUGUCCACUCUGUAGCCCAUGUUUAUGAGAUGAAGGCAGAGGUGGACAAAGGCUUGAAGUUCAUGGAGGGUAGAGAGAAAGACUGGCAGGUAUCCGAUGUGCUGGCCAGUCAUAACUACUGGCAUUGGGCUCUGUACUUCAUCGAGAAGGGGCAAUACGAAGCCGCUCUGCAAAUAUACGACGCUCAGGUAUUCAGACGUUGUAAAGCCACAGGAUCCAUGUUGGAUACUGUAGAUGCCUGUUCAAUGCUCAGCAGACUUGAAAUGGAGGGUGUGUGCGUGAAGGACCGCUGGCGAGAGUUGCUCCAGGUAACACAGCCUCACACCGAUGAUCACGUGACCUUGUUUAAUGACCUCCACUUCCUCAUGGUGUCGCUGGGAGCUAAAGAGAGCGGGACUUCUCGGCGUCUGCUGGAGGGCCUCCAGGAAUUGGCUAAAGAGCCAGGGGACAAUCAGCAACAUCAGCUGGCUGGGACUGUUGGUAUACCAAUGUGUCAGGCCAUGAUUGAGUACGACCAGGGCAACUACAAUCGAGCUGUGGAGCUGCUGUACCCUUUACGCUACCGCGUGGUAGAUAUAGGUGGCAGUGAUGCUCAGAGGGAUCUCUUCAAUCAGCUUCUCAUUCAUGCAGCCAUGAAAUCCGAGAAUAAGCACCAUCACAAACUGGGAAGAUGUCUUCUGGCGGAGCGCGAUGCCGUGAGGCCGAACUCCCCUUUGACUGAUCGUCUGAUGCAGAGAGCCUUGGCUCUUCACGACUAGACUGACUGCAGGGUGCGCAGAGAAGUUCCCAUGCAAAAAACAUUAAAGCAACACGACAAUAUAAGACUCCUUUACUGGCAGGAUCUUGGCAUUGUUAAAAAAUCUGAAACUUUUUAAUGCGGCACUCUUUCCGAUGUAGAGCUCAGUGCCCUUUUACAUUGCUAUUCAUGUUAAGCUUUAAAAGUGAACAAAUUUGCACCUUUGUCAAUAUUGUGAUCUAAUAUGAUUCACAGGUUGGCAGUUUGAAUGAUAAUGUGAGAUAUGAGUCGACUGUUUUAGCUAACAAAACUGACUCCUCUAAUCAAUAUAGAGCAGUGGAACUUUUAUUAGCAAACAUCACAUUUAAAUAUAAAUUAUUUUCAGAAAUAAAAUCUUCAUGUCAAGAUUAUUACAAAAACCAUGUUCAAAACCAAUAAAUAUACAUUUUGCACUUUGCAUGUGACAAAGUGCACCCCACUUUGAUGUCCGUAGACAACGGCACGUUAACAAUAAGAAAUGAAACUGUGGCAGUGACAUGUCAGAGGAGUACUGUAAAUUCUUUUCUUCCCUCCUCUUCCCCUGUGUCGGCGCACUCUCACAACACUGAGGUAAUCUCAUCCUGGAUCUGAGAGAUCAGCAUCUGGGACAGCACAAUGCCUGCAAUCUAGAGGACAGAAGCAACCACUUUAGAUUACAGAACAGACUCUCUGUAACUGUACAGCCUGUGCCGAGCGUUUCAAGGUCCCUCGGGUGGGGUGGGGGUAGGGCAAUGCUCGUUUUGUGAAUUGUGUCACUUGAAAUAAUUGUACAGUCAUGUUUACAGGAUUAUAACAAUGUAUGCACAUCACUUCUUGUAGAGCUGAUCACAGCAUGUUUCUCACAGCGAGAACUCACACAUCCGGUGGCAAACGCAGCUUUUAACAGAGCUUUUCAAUAAUUAACAGCUUGAUUCAAAUGCGGCUUGUUAUGCAGACAAAUCCAGUAAUAGCGUUUAGUUAGGAUGUGUGCAAGACAGAAAAGAGAUCUUCAUCAUCAGAUUUACCACACAUCAAAGCAACUGAAAUACUAAUGCAAUUGUUUUGACAGGGCUCAUGGGUAAUUCUCACGCUUCCGUCUUAGCAUAAUCUUUGGGGAACCAAUCAGCCAGAUAUGAGAGCGAGAAGGAUCAGGUUAAAGAUCCAGCGCUAAAGCUGUAUGAGAAUGCAAUGUGACAGUACCCGAAUCAAUUUGAUAAGUAAGCGCACUAAUUAUUCAGGCAGCUUUUGAUAGGAGCUAAUUCAAUUUCCGUGGUCAAUCUAACAUAUUGACUUGAGUUAUUAGCAGUACUUAAUGCUGUGGGAUGUGAGGUGUGUUGUGCAGUGGUGCUCAGUGAGUAGGAGGGAGUCAUUAGUAUCCUCCAUUUUUAGGCACAUAAUCUUACAUUAUCACUUGCAGAGUUCUGCCGCAGUUGCACAUUAACCUGCACUUUUGGUCUAGAACAGUGUAAUAAAUGAAUAAUGUGCAGUUAAAA